AUGGCCUCCCAAACCCUCCUCCACACUCUCCGGAGGCACCUCCGCAGAAUAAUCACAAGACCAUCACCCUUCACAACCACAACCACAGCACCGCCACACACCCGCCUCUUCUCAAACACAUCUACCCUCCGCGCCAAAGUCGUACACCCAGACAUCGACAGGUACAUCCGCUACAGCCUCCGCGACGGCCCCCCGCGCACAUCGCGACCGAAACCGCUCUUCUCCCUCCCGCAUCAAUGUCCGUGGCCGAAAAUCAUACCAGCGACAGCCGCAUCCUCGAGCUUCACAUCGGCAUUCCAACCUACACCGUCACAGCGGAGAGCGUCCUCCUCAUCAUCGAUAACGUCGUCUCUCGACGCCAAAAAGCUCAAGGACGAGGAAGAUAGGAAGGAGCUCUCCCGACGGUCGCAACGCGAGUCACGCCUACCGAGAGAAUCAUCGGCUCUCAUCUCAGUGAAUGCCCUGAACGUCAUCACGGAGCGUAUGGUCAGCAGAGGCAAGAUUCUCUCCGAACUGAAGAGGAGGUCUGCGGCCGGCGAGACCAUAUUCACUGAUGAUUGUGACUACGACGGCGCCGGAGGAAGCACCAGGGACAGCAACAGGAGCAGCGCCGGGAGCGGCACCGGGGACGGCAUCGAGGCGUAUCUCUCCGACACUGACUUGGCGAUGUGCGGGGUCUUCGUCUAUCUCCUUUUCUGGGGUUUAUGCGCAGCAUGUAUCGCCAAAAUGUCGAGUGAAAGUCCAGAGACUCGGGAGUUGGAAAAAGUGACGGCGUCGGAUAGCAGCCUACCUCGCAACGCCGCAGAAGUAAAGUCAAAGGGUGGCGACGAGGAGGUCCAAGAGCUGCAAUAUCUCGCGAAGCCAUAG